CAGAAGAGAGACCCAAACAAUCCUCUGUAGCAAUGCCCCACAUACUCCUCCACCACCACCUCCCAAUCGCCCCCGUCCAUCUCAGACCAUUUUCUUUCCCCACCUCAAAACCAACGGCCUAUGUUCGCCUUCGCACCAACCCCACAAGAGGAGCAACCAUAAAGUGCAUGGCCAAUCCCAGGAGAGUUAAAAUAGCAGCGAAACAGAUAAGGAGAGAGCUUUCCGACAUGCUCUUAACUGAUAAAGUAUUGCAAUACGCUUUCUUGACUGAAGCCGCCUUGGGAGCCGACCGCUACCUCUCUUCUCUUACUACUGUAAGUGAUGUUGAAGUUUCAUCUGAUUUUCAGGGCUUCAUUAUGUCCAAACUGAUAACUGAGAAAUCUCUGUUUCCAGACACAUCAAAGUUAUAUACAACAUUGCAGUGCAUUGCUGUAUCUGCUUUUGGUGACGAGAGAGGGAAGGAGAUUGCACUUGCUGGAUUGAAAUCAAAAGCUAAAUAUGCUAGAAGUGAGCUGGGAAAGCGUAUGAAGUUGCGGCUCACACCAGAGAUACGCUUUAUUGAAGAUGAGUGGAAGCAGGUAAGUGCUCGGGUAAUUGCAAUAUUAGAUAGAAUAACGGCUGAGAAAAAGAUUGCAGCCGAUGAAGGUGAAAAAGAAUUUGAAUCAUCUGAUUCACCUCAAGAUGAUAGAGACUGGGAAGGUGAUGGAGAUAUUAUUUACGUAAAGUAGUUACCUUACCAGUUACUCUGCAUUUCCUGUGGGCAGAAUGAAGUCGUUGUUGUAGCAGCAUUUUUACAGGUUUGUUUCUCCUUGUGGAUUUAGUUUUAUCUCCAUGGUGUUUGAGGCUGAUUUCUUGCUUGAACCCAGUCUUUCUUACUUGAUUUUAAAUUAAUUAGUGAGGGGCUAUAACUAAAAAAAUUGUGACUGGAACGUCCAGGAACAAUUCACUAUUUCGGUUAAAACUGGUAGGUUCAUAAUAAGAUUCUGAAAAUCUCAUCCUUGUUAAGCUGAAACUUAGAAAGCUAAGGUGCGCAUACUUUGAGAAUGGUGUCCCAGUGAUAUGUAGACUAGUAGGUUUGGGUCUACAACAUGUUGAGAUUCUGAUACAGGUUUCUUGAUGGUUUAGGGAAGAUAAUGAUAAGAUGAUUAUA